CCCAGGUGUCUGUACUGCAACAACUUCUGCUAUGAGAAGCAGGAGGUGGAGAAGGAGUAUUGCAGCUGGACGCGAAGCAACAGGGUCUGCCGCUGCAAAGAGGACUUCUGCUGCGCCGAUAACUUCUGUAUCAGACACACGGAGUGCGGCCCCGGACACGGAGUUCAAACGAAAGGUACAUCACAAAGCAACACUGUUUGUGAAGAAUGUGCCGAGGGCUUCGUCUCUAACUCAUCUUGCGCAAGCGGACAGAUAGUGCUCCUGCCCGGCUCCAUCUACCACGAUACGAUGUGUGGCACCUGCGAGGAUCUUGGAAAUGGAGGUAUGUCCAGAGCUUUCCUCUCGGGAUUCUUCAGUAUGCACAGGAUGCGCGUGGCAAAAAUGUGCAUCAUUAACUUGGCAUUCUUCUAUGAACCACCAGCGCCAGGACCCGUCCACCGGGGAGACCCUCAUCUGUGCCAAAUGUCCACCGGCACGCACAUGGCCGCGCACUGCACAGCUGCCACGGUCACCAGGUGCGCGCCGUGCAAAGGCGAACUGUACACCGAGCCGUGGAACUACCUGCCCUGCUCUAUUUGUGGGCCUGUCUCAGAGAUAGAAAUGUAUGAUGUUCUGUAA